UAUUAAUUUAAUCGAUUGAUCGCAUUUAACACGUGGAUUUUAAAUUGUAUUAAUUUUCACUAAAGGAUUCACAAUUUAUUCUCAAUAAGAGAAUAUUUUGUAUAUAAAACGCAUAAGCCAUUAUCGCGUUUAGUUGAAAUAAAUGGGUUUAUUGGUUAACUUACAUAAGCCCUCUUAGAUAUUAUCAACUCGGCAUACAUUGUUCGUUAUUCUUAAUAUUACCAAAAUUAUUAAGAUUGAUAAAUUAUUUAAUAUUUCUAUUUAAUUAAUAAAGUAAAAUAUGGAGUAUUCACCAUUAGCAUUGGACACUCUUACGUCCGAUAAAGCACUCAUUCUAUGCUGCGAAUGUGGAACCCAAAUUGAACCAAAUCCAACUAAUAUGUGUGUAGGAUGUUUACGAACAAAAGUAGAUAUUACUGAAGGUAUACCAAAGCAAGCAACUUUAUAUUUCUGUAAAAAAUGUGAAAGAUAUUUGCAUCCUCCUGGAGAGUGGAUAAAAGCUUCUUUAGAAUCUCGUGAACUCAUGACUCUGUGUUUAAAGAAAUUGAAAGGCCUUAACAGAGUGAAACUCAUUGAUGCUAGUUUUGUUUGGACAGAACCACAUUCAAAGCGAAUAAAGAUUAAACUUACUGUACACGGUGAGAUAAUGACAAAUGCAACUUUAGAACAGAUUUUUAUCGUAGAAUACGUUAUAAGUAAUCAAAUGUGCGAAGAUUGCCAUCGUACAGAAGCUAAAGAUUAUUGGAGUGCUUCUGUACAAGUACGUCAGAAAACUAUAAACAAGAAGACCUUUUACUAUUUAGAACAGCUUAUUUUGAAACACAGAGCUCAUGAAAAUACCAUUGGUAUCAAAUCCGUUCAUGAUGGAUUAGAUUUCUUUUACAAUACUGAAGCUAAUGCAAGAAAAUUGGUGGAUUUUAUCAUAUCUUUUUUACCUUGUCGCUAUCAGCAGUCAAAAAAGUUAAUUUCUCAUGAUAUUCAUAACAAUACGUAUAAUUAUAAAUUUUCUUAUAGUAUUGAGAUUGUACCAAUAUCGAAAGAUAGCGUUGUCUGUUUAUCAAAAAAAUUAACUCAUCAGUUGGGAAAUUUACCUUCGAUUUGUGUCGUAUACAGAGUUACUAGUUAUAUAAAUGUAAUCGAUGUAUCUUCGGGUCAGAUAGCAGAGAUUAGCUCUAAUCUUUAUUGGCGAUAUCCAUUUCAAACUAUUUGUAAUCCAAAGCAAUUGAAAGAAUAUAUAGUGAUUGAUGUGGAACUGAUUAAAGAGAAAGAUAAAAAGAAAUUUCCAGGACAAGGCAAUAUUUCACACAAAUUUGCAAUUGCAGAUAUUUGGGUGGUGAAAUCAGAGGAUCUAGGGCUUGAUCAAAAUACAAUUCAUACUAGAACACAUCUAGGUGGCAUUCUUAAACCAGGUGAUUCGGUUCUUGGUUAUGAUCUUAGUGGAAGCAACAUUAAUGAUGAAAAUUUUGAAAAAUUAGAUCAAGAUACAGUUCCAGAUGUUAUAUUAAUAAAGAAAUUUUAUGGCACUAAUAGAUCAAGUCAUCGCAGAGCUAGAUUAUGGAAAUUGAAACAUCUUAACGAAAACAUGGAUAUAAAUUCUGAAAAUAAUGAUUAUAAUGAGUUUCUCGAUGAACUUGAAGAAGACCCAGAAUUAAGAGCAAAUAUCAACAUUUUCAGAGAUAAUCAAAAGCAAAUUAACAAUGACACUAGUUGCGAUGAUUCAACAUUACCACAAAUCACAUUGGAAGAAAUGCUCGAUGAUCUUGUUAUUACUGAUUCAGAAAUGAUUGAGUAAUAUGUUAUAAAAAUUGAAAACAAUUUCAUAUAUUUGUAUUAUACUUGAAUAAUACUGUUUCAAUAUUAAACUGGAAUAAUUAAUUAGAAAUAAUUCUCAUAGCAUAAUUAAUCAGAUUGAUAAAGCACAAAAAAAUAUUCAUUUAUAUUUUGUUUAAAGUGUAAAAAGU